UUGCAGGGUAAACUUUUUGACUCUACGGUAACUGAUGAAGGAACAUGGACAUUAGAAGACAGGCAGCUGAUACGAAUUGUUCUAAUGAAGACAAAUAGAGAUGCUGGAAAUUGUUGGAAAUCUCUGUUAGAAAAUGAAUAUGCUGCUGAUCCUUGGGUACAGGACCAGAUGCAGAGGAAGCUCACACUGGAACGAUUCCAAAGAGAGAACCCUGGAUUUGACUUCAGUGGGGCAGAAAUUUCUGGAAACUACAGCAAAGGAGGACCAGACUUUUCUAGUCUUGAAAAGUAAACUUUAUCUGUGUUCUUUUAGAGGACUUACAUGUUACAGUUAAGGACUGGAAUCACGGAACUGGUGAAGACUUCAGUGAUCUCUUCAAUGGAUUGUUGUCAGAAGUAAUUACUUAAGUGAAGAGAAGGUCUCCUCCAGCAGAAUGAAGAUAAAAUGUUACCAGCUGAUUUAUAAGCUGCAAUUACCUUAUAAUACUAAGGGACAAAUUAUAGAGAAAGGUGUACAUAAAAAAACUAACAUCUUUGAGCA